AUGCUGCCAUUCCCCUGCGUCGCAAGUGAGGCCCGGCCUCUCCUCCUCUCUCCCCCGCUGUCGCUCAAGCUCGCUGGAGCUCGUAACCGCCCUCCCCCUCGCUGCACGCACUCCACCGCGCCCCGCGCCUCACGCGCCCGCUCCGGCCACUGCCAGUGCGCCGGGCCGCGCCCGACCGGCCGCCGUUUUCCCCCGCACCCAUGGUCACCCCCGCCGCAGACCGCGCAGCUCGUCGCAAACGCCGGCGCCCCGACCUCACUCCCUCCGUUGCCACCCCUUCCGCCCCCUGGCCACCUUUGCCUAGCACCACCGCCACCCCGCGCCGGCGCUGCCGCGCCGUGUGCUUAUGCUGCUGCUUCUCACGCGCUCGCCGCCCGCGCAUGGCCCUGCUGUUUCCUGUAG